AUGGCUCCCGGGGGGGCGCGGCGCAGGCCCCGGAGGGCGCCGCCGGCCAGAGCACAGCCCCGCGCGGCCGAGGACUGGUGGUGGGAGCGGCUGGCGCCGAGCGGCUCCGGGCUCCACCUGCUGCAGUCAGACAGCAUGCUGCUCGUCCUGCCAGAUCCGGGCCCGGCGCGCGCCCGUGCGCAAAGGCGCGCCGUCCGCCGUGCGCAGCGCCGCCCGACGCCGGGUCCUCGCGCCGCGGCCACCAGAGCCAAACCCAGGCCCGAGCCCGAGGCCCCGCUGGGGUCCGAUCCGGGCUGGGGCGACCGUCUUCCCUUGGAAAUUCUGGUGCACAUUUUCGGGCUGCUGGUGGCUGCCGAAGGGCCCGUGCCCUUCCUUGGCAGGGCCGCGCGCGUCUGCCACCUGUGGCAUGAGGCCGCUUCCCAGCCCGCGCUCUGGCACACGGUAACCCUGUCGCCCCCGCUGGCCGGUCGCCCCGCCAAGGGCGGAGCCAAGGCGGAGAAGAAGCUUCUUGCUUCCGUGGAGUGGCUUAUGCCCCACAGGUUCUCCCAGCUCCAGAAGCUGACCUUGCUACAUUGGAAAUGGCAGCUUCACGCAGUGCUGAAGCUCGCUAGUGAAUUCUGCCCUCGACUCACCUUCCUCAAGCUUUCAGACUGUCAUGGGGCAACUCCAGACACCCUGGUUGUGCUGGCCAAAGCCUGCCCCCAGCUCCACAGCUUGGACCUGCAGCACUCCGCGGUGGAGUCUGCUGCUGUGCUGAGCUUCUUGGAGGAGGUGGGUUCCCGGUUGCGUAAACUAUGGCUGACCUACAGCUCCCAGACCACAGCCAUCUUGGGCACACUGCUGGUAGGUUGCUGCUCCCAGCUCCGCGUGCUGGAAGUGGGUACCGGCAUCGGCUGCAGCACCACCCCCCUCCAGCUGCCGGUCGAGGCCCUGCAGAAGGGCUGCCCCCAGCUGCAGGUGUUGCGGCUCCUGAACCUGAUGUGGCUCCCCAAGCCUGCAGGCCGAGGGCCAGCCCAGGGCCCCGGCUUCCCCUGCCUGCAGGAGCUCUGCCUUGCCAGUUCCACCUACAACUUUGUGAGCAACGACAUUCUGGGCCGCCUGCUGCAUGGCUCCCCAGGCCUGCGCCUGCUGGACCUCCGCGGCUGUGCCCGCAUCACACCUGCCGGCCUAUACCAUCUGCCCUGUGAAGAGCUGGAGCAUCUGUACCUGGGCCUGUACGGCAUGUCUGACCGGCUGACUCUUGCCAAAGAGGGCAGCCCCUUGCUGACCCAGAAGUGGUAUCGCACCCUGCGGGAGCUGGACUUAAGUGGCCAGGGCUUCAGUGAGAAGGACCUAGAGCAGGCCCUGGCCACCUUCGGGGCUGCCCCCAGGGGUUCACAUCCGGUCCUGUGCUCCCUCAACCUCAGGGGUACACGGGUCACACCCAGCACAGUCAGCUCUGUGAUCAUCAGCUGCCCAGGCCUCACAUUUCUCAACCUAGAGUCCUGCCGCUGCCUUCCCCGGGGCCUGAAGCGGGCCUACCGGGGUCCAGAGGAGGUCCAGAGGUGCCUGGACCAACUACUCACCAACUCCCUGUCCGCCAACUAG